CGGGACGGCCUGGCCUGGAGGAGAGCUCCGCUUCUUCUAGAUCUAGACAGGGAUGGACCUUGAUGCCUUGGAAGAACUGGCAACAGAGCUGCAUGGGAAGGGGAAUCGUUGGUGCCCUUUUCAGAUUGUAGCAGACACUGGCUUAGUGGUCUAUCUUGCCUGGGCUGGAUGUCUGGCACUUGGCGGCCGCAAAGUGUCUUCUUUACAGGUGCCGUACGUCCCAUCGAGUGCCAAGCAAGUGAGCAAUAUGAUGUCACUGCUGAAAGGACGCUCCGGGAAGCUGGUGGAUUUAGGGUCAGGCGAUGGGAGAAUUGUCCUGGAGGCCUAUAAACAAGGCUUCAGACCAGCUAUUGGCUAUGAACUCAUUCCAUGGCUAUUGCAGCUGUCCAACUUCCGUGCCUGUUGGGCAGGAUGCUAUGGAAAGGUUUUCUAUCGGCGUGAAGAUCUCUGGAAGGCGGAUCUCUCUGACUGCAACAACGUAACUGUGUUCCUGGCACCCAGUGUGGUACCUCUCCUGGAAAGAAAGCUGCUUUCUGAGCUCCCGGAUGAGGCCUGCGUGGUGGCUGCUCGCUUCCCUUUCGUUAACUGGACACCCAACCAUUUUGCCGGAGAUGGUUUAGAAAGAGCCUGGGCCUACAACAUCAGGGAUGUACGGCGAAUGGAACGGGACACAUUGGGAGGAAGCCCCGUGUAAGAGGCAGAGCGUGUUCUAAAAAGAUGGGGUUGUGCAGCAAAGACGGAAGGCGCAUGUGAAAUCACAACAGUGCUUUUUCUUCCUCUGUAGGAUGCUGUGAGGGUGGCUUAUACCCGCCGCUGCUCAGCUGAUAGUGCAAAUGAAAUGAAUUGCCACAAGUCA